GCUAUCAGUGGAACCGUUGGGGAAGACUAUUUGUUCACAGUGAGCUACCACUAUGCCUUUAAGCCUUUUAGGUCAUUGAUCUUGUUUCCGACUUUUAGAAGGAAGGACAACAUUCGAAGAACAACCACAGUAAGUUUGGUACUACUACUCAUCAAUUCAAUUCUCUGAGGUUGACGUUUUAAUUUCCUUUUUCACCAUUUUUGCUAAAAUUGUCUGCUUUUGAUUUAUACCCAGAUCUGAUUAAUCUCUGAUCGUUAGAUUUAUCUUUAUAUCACUUCCUCAGCUCUGAAUUUGAUAGAAAGGUUUGAUUUUUACUUUGGUAUCUUGCUCAAUUGGAACUUUUUUUCUUUUUCUUUCUCAAUUGGAACUUUACCAGCUUAAUUUUUGGAUAUUGGUUUAUCUGCUGGAUCUUCAUGAUUUUGGUUUCUACGUUUAGCAACUCAUUAUUUUUAGGCGCCAUCAAGAAUGGGAAAGACUCCUGGUAAAUGGAUCAAGACUUUGCUUCUCGGGAAGAAGUCGCCUAAGUCGAAUUCGGAUAACCGAAGCCAGAAACUGAAAUCUGCUAAGAAAGAAGAGCUGGUGGAAUCGGUGACAGAAGAUUUGUCAAACUUAACAGUUGAUCCUCCGGUGGUUUCAUCACAACCAGUUCCAGCUUCUACUGCUCAAAAUGUGGUUUCUCCAAUCAAUGGUGAUGAGUCCAAGGAUAAUCUCGAGUCAAGGAAUGACUUGGGAGAAGUCGAGCUUGAACAAGCUGCAAUUAAGGUUCAAGCUACCUUCAGAGCUCAUCAGGCACGUAGAGCAUUUCGAACUCUUAAAGGUAUCAUCAGGCUGCAGGCAGUUAUCCGUGGUCACUUGGUGAGAAGACAAGCCAUUGCUACAUAUUCAUGUAUAUGGGGAAUUGUGAAGUUUCAGGCUCUUGUUCGUGGCCAGAAAGCUAGAUCUUCAGAUAUUGCGAUUCAGUUUCAGAAAAAACAUAUGGAAGCAAGUGAUUCAGAAGUUUUGCAAUCGAGCACGUGUAGUUGGAUGGAUAAUCCCACAAAGUUCGUCUUUGUUGAUAAGCUUCUAGCUUCUUCACCAACUGCAUUGCCUCUGAAGAUCCAGUAUGGUCCUGAGGAACCUAACUCAGCCAAGGUUUGGCUUGAACGCUGGACACAAUUACAAGUUUGGUCUUCUGGUUCACGAGUACCUAGGAUUGAGAUUCCAAAAUCUCAGUCAAAGAAGCGAAACUACCAAGCAGUGGUUGAAGCAGAAAAGAAAAGGCCAAAGCGAAGUAUCAAGAAACCAUCUGGCACAACUAGUGGAACUGGCCCUAGCCGUUUUACAGCUGAAAGAAAUAAACCUAAACGAAAUGUGAGGAAGGCUUCCACGCUUAGUAAAGAUCCCCUGAGAAAUGAGAGUGACAAAGCAAAUCACAAUUCGAGAAAAAGUAGAAGCGGCUCAAAGGAGGGGUCGCCUUUGGAGAUUAAAGAUGAGAAGCCCAGUCCUAGUCUCAAAAGGUCUUCUCUUUCGAACGGGUCAAAGAAAGCCACCCUUAGAUCUGCUGAGAAGAAGAAGAAAGAUAUUCCAGAUUCUUCUGUGCAAAUACAGCCUGAAGGGAAAGUUUCAGAGAAUGUUCUUGAAGAAGGAGACAAUAUCGAGUCUUCUGGAAAAGAAAAAGAUACUGGAGAUUCUGUGCAGAUAGAGUCUGAAGGAAAGGUUCUUGAAGGAGGAGACAAUAUUGAAUUUGGUGAAAAAGAGAAAGAUAAAGCUGAUGCAGUUCCCAUCGAAUUUGAUAUUGUAAAAGAUGAGAAGUCACCAGUUUUGGAUAGGACGGAGGAAGAUGAACUGAAAACUGCAGAGACCAGUGACAAAGCCGAAGCCCUUAAAUGUGCAGAUGUGAAGGUAAGCUCUGAGAAUGGUAAUGUUGGUUCUGAUAACACAAAGCAAAGUGAAAAACGAGCAUUGCUGCCUGCAAAUAUUGACAAACAAGAUGAUGGGCUUACCCUUAGCGGACGGAAAAUCCCCAGCUACAUGGCCCCGACUGCAUCUGCAAAGGCCAGAGUCAAAGGAGAAGCCUCUCCGAGGUUUGCCCAAGCGAAGACUGAGAUAAAUGGGGCAUUACGGCGCCAUUCACUGCCUUCUCCAGCCAAUGGUAAGCUGAGUACUACUACUAUGUCUCCAAGGGCUCAAAAACUUCUCUUAGCCUCUGCCAAAGGAUCUAUGAACGGCGACAAAUCUUUUACUUCUUCCAAGGACAUAACUCACAAGUCAACCAGAACCGACUGGAAACGGUGAAGGCUCAGGCAAAAGAGAGUGUCAUCUACUCAUCUUACAUGGUCGAAUUCAAUUACUUAGUGUGUUUCCUCUGCAUUUUGGUUUGGUUUGGUGAGUUUAGAGAGUGUUUGGUCAGUGUUCAUGUCUAGUCUAUUACAUCAUUUUCAUAUCUUGCUUCAAUUUACUCUGAUAUGUUUGAAGACACAAAAUAGUUGAAGUAAAUAGUUAAUCUCUGUAUAAACCUUUGCAAUCACUCCUCUCUAAUUACACAGACAAGCCUGCAUUUUUAC